GAUGUACCUGGUAGUGUGACUCUCCGCGAGGCUCAAGCCGACUGAGGCUCCAGCCCAGAGAAGCUCCAGGUCAGAGAGCCUCCAGCCCAGAGGGGCUCAAACUCAGAGAAACACCAGCAGGACCAGGAUCCGGGACCGAGCAGGACACGAAGGCAGACAUGCCGUUCGGGGGGCUGUCGGCGCUGAAGGAGCGAGUGCUCAAUCCGGGGAAGGAGGAGGCGAAGAACAUCAUGAGCGACUCGCUGGGACACCUGCAAAGGAAGAUGGAUGGCACCCACGCGGACGGGGAGGUGGAGAUGGAGCUGUCGGCGGAUGGGCAGCCGGUGCUGAUGGAGAACCGCAGUGCCCCCAUCUUCGACUGCGGUUGCUUCGGCCUGCCCAAGCGCUACAUCAUCGCCAUCCUCUCGGGCCUGGGCUUCUGCAUCUCCUUCGGCAUCCGCUGCAACCUGGGCGUGGCCAUAGUGGAGAUGGUCAACAACAACACAAUCUACAUCAACGGCACAGCCGUCAUGAGGCCAGCACAGUUCAACUGGGACCCGGAAACGGUGGGACUGAUCCACGGUUCCUUCUUCUGGGGCUACAUCGUCACGCAGAUCCCUGGGGGCUUCAUCUCCAACAAGCUGGCGGCUAACCGGGUUUUCGGGGCAGCCAUUGUCCUGACUUCCAUGCUCAACAUGUUAAUCCCAUCUGCGGCAAGGGUCCACGUUGGCUGUGUCAUGUGCGUGCGCAUCUUGCAGGGCUUGGUGGAGGGAGUGACCUACCCAGCAUGCCACGGGAUGUGGAGUAAGUGGGCGCCACCGCUGGAGAGAAGCAGGUUGGCGACUACUUCCUUCUGUGGAUCCUAUGCAGGUGCUGUGAUUGCCAUGCCACUUGCGGGUGUCCUGGUGCAGUAUGUGGGCUGGUCUUCCGUCUUUUACAUCUAUGGUGUUUUCGGGAUGAUAUGGUACAUCUUCUGGCUCCUGCUGGCCUACACAAGUCCAGCCGACCAUCCCACCAUUAGUGAGGAGGAGAGGAUCUACAUCGAGACCAGCAUCGGUGAGGGGGCCAAACUGCUCAGUGCCACUGAGAAGUUUAAGACGCCGUGGAGACGCUUCUUCACUUCCAUGCCCGUCUACGCUAUCAUCGUGGCCAACUUCUGCCGGAGCUGGACCUUCUACCUGCUGCUGAUCAGCCAGCCUGCGUAUUUUGAGGAGGUGUUUGGCUUCCCCAUCAGCAAGGUAGGUGUCCUGUCAGCCCUUCCCCACAUGGUGAUGACCAUCAUCGUGCCCAUUGGCGGGCAACUGGCUGACUUCCUGAGGAGUCGCAAGAUCCUUUCCACGACAACCGUGCGAAAAAUCAUGAACUGUGGCGGCUUCGGCAUGGAAGCCACACUGCUGCUGGUGGUGGGCUUCUCCCACACGCGAGGCGUCGCCAUCUCCUUCCUGGUGCUGGCUGUGGGCUUCAGCGGCUUCGCCAUCUCAGGGUUCAACGUCAACCACCUUGACAUCGCCCCGCGCUAUGCCAGCAUCCUCAUGGGCAUCAGCAAUGGCGUGGGCACCUUGUCAGGCAUGGUGUGCCCACUCAUAGUUGGGGCUCUGACCAAACACAAGACCCGGCAGGAGUGGCAGAACGUGUUCGUGAUCGCUGCCGUCGUCCACUACACCGGCGUCAUCUUCUACGGCAUCUUUGCCUCUGGGGAGAAACAGGACUGGGCGGAUCCUGAGGACACAAGUGAUGACAAGUGUGGCAUCCUGGACGAGGACGAGCUGGCUGAGGAGACGGAGCUCACCAGCGAAACCAAUCUCAGCCAGAGUAAGAAGAUGUCGUACGGUGCCACCACCGACAACUCCUCGCACAAGCAGAGCUGGCGGAACGAUGGCAGCGACUCGUACCACCAGGAGAAUGGAAACCACUAAGACGACGCCCAGUGAGGCUACCCCCUCAGCCCGGACCCCCCUGUGCUCUUGAGGGACACUUCUGCAGGACUGGUUCCCCAUAAACUUGUACCGGAAGUUGUCUUACACUGUGGGUGAACGAGGGAAAAAUGGCCAAAACCUUCCCAGGACCAUUAGCUUCUCUUGUUCCCUCCCAACAUGGGCCCAUGACCACAGACUGGACAUCAGCAUGGCCCAGGGGAGGCUGAACAAGAGCAUCAUCAUUUAGUCUGUCUACAUUUGGUGGGAAACAAACUCUGAAGACCAGUAGUGCAAAAUCAGAGAAAGGAUAGCUUUCGGUAAAACAGAGAAAAUUAACGUUGUUCAGCAAAUCAAAAUAACUUGCAUAUUCCCACCCUAAUUUAGCAUAAAACAGCUGAAAUUAUGUGGCAUUAUUAGAUAUCAGUAGUACGUACCUGUUUAGAGUGGUCAAGGAGUCACUGUAUGUCAUGUGAUAUCUAUUUGUUGAGUAUGGUUGCAAAGGCAUGGGUGACCUGACUAAAAACAUACUUCAUGCAAGAACAACAUGUAAUGAAUACUGUGACUCUCAUACCUGAUCUACUAGACUAUAGAAUUAGUUCUGCUGAUUCCCCCAGCCUAUAGAAACAGGCCUGCUGAUCCUGCAGCCUAUAGAAGUAGCACUGCUGAUUCCACAGCCUAUAGAAACAGGCCUGCUGAUCCAGCAGCCUAUAGAAGUAAUUCUGCUGAUUCCCCAGCCUAUAUAAAAAGCUACAGUAAUUCCUAGCAUAGAAAAGUAAUUGGUCUCCCUGCGCUGUUUAUUUCGUUAUAGCAGUUGCUUCUUUCAGUUUGUGGGACGUUCAGCAGUAAAAUUGUAUAGAACAGUAUGAAACAUUCCACAGUAUUUUUCCUCAUGUUAAAAACAAAAUCAUUCUCAAGAGGAGCCAUUUAAAAAUACAUAUCUUUGUUCAUUAUUUUAAAAAACAGUGGUUCAAGCAAUGAAUUCUGACCCAAACAUAUAACAACUGAGAUAAUUUUAAACAGAUCACUGAAAAUCAGAUGUACAGGAAAUAUUUACAUGUUUAUUGCCCUGUUGGUUAAUGAGUUUAUUUGAUGUGAUUUACUGUUUGCCAACUUUUUGCCUUUAUUUUUCCUGACAGUCUUUGUGGUAGAGGAGAGGACAUCCAAGUAUUUGGUGAAUUUGCAAUGCUGUUUGACCUCAAACACCCUCUGGUUUCACAUCAUUUUUGCCCUCAAACUGUCCUCUCGUCAGAAACCUUUAACAUGAAGAGUGAAAUCUGUCAUUUGUGGUUCUUGAUUAAAUGGGAA